AGCCGGAAACGCUCGGAUUGUGUCUGCUCGCGCGCGCGGAAGUUUCUGCGGUGGAGCUUCAGUUCCCUAACCAGUGGAUGUCAUUACCACUUUGAUGCCAGACCGGUCAUGAGAGUGGCUCUGCAGUUUUUCUACAUCCACUUCCCUGGUUGGCUACACAAGGAAGGGGGGUCAAGCUUGUACUUUGCACGAUGGAGAGAUUGGACCAGCAAGACUGGGACGGUAAAACCCACCGCCUGUCUUUCUGUGGAAGGAUCGUUUUAUUUCAGUGCAGACGCUCUUCAGGCCACAGAGAAAAGCCAAUAAAGACGUCUGAGUUGGUGUUCAGCAGCCUGUCAUUCAAGGGAGAGGACAACAGCUUCCAAACUGCAAACAGUGGGGUUGCUGCCAUCAGUGAUGUGGACAUAGUGACAUGUAAAUGUGCCUUCAAUGUUCAGAAGAGAGUCAACACACCAUGUGUUUUACUGAUGAAGAGAAUCAGUGGAAAGAGGUUCAGAUAUAGCCUUUUCAUUCUGAGCAGCAUAAACAGACUGGAGCUUCACGUGGAAUUUGAACUCCAGUAUCGGAUGAGAGAGAAGGUUUUCAUUCUAGAUGGCCCCACGGUGUUGUGGAGCCAUGCCGAGACUGUCUUUUAUACGUCCCUCCAUCUUGGGGAAGUGCGACAAAUACCCAUUCAUUUCUCCCAGAGUGUUAUUGGAGAACUCCCCAUUCUCGAAGGACGGCUGUUCAUAUUAGGACUGCAAAACUCCUCAAACGAAUGCCCGAAAGAUAAGCCUAGCAGUGCAGACAGGUACCAAACACUUGGUUAUUUUAUAGAGAAUGGACAAAUGUUUGACAGCACUUUGGUCUUACCCAGUGCCUACACUUCGAUAACACAGUGUAUCUUGGUGCUCUCGGCAGAAAAGGUGGACAGUGUCUUGAACAGUUCUGUGGUCGCAGCAACAUGUAAACAGCAGCUAGUUUAUUUUGAGAAUGGAAUUCCAAGAGAUGUGUGUCAGCUCCCCUUCGAUGGACCAACAGAUAUUCAGUUAGUCAACACUGGAAGACAUGGCUGUUUGUUUGCCAUCUCUUUUGACCAAGGUCACGUCUGCGCCAUAUGGCAAGAAACAUUUCAGGUAGCCUCCUGCUGGUCAGGUGUAAGCUCUGUCCAUGUGGACGACUUCCUGGGCAACGGAACAGAUCAGCUGCUGUUAGUCUUUGAGGAUCAGGGUCAAACAGGACAACCAUUGGAUAAUUUCCUGAUAACAGAUCUCUGUGGCACCACACACUCUCAGGGUCAGGGGAGUGGUGACGCUGAGACUUUUCAUCUUGCUGAGGAGAACUAUAUCCUCACUCUUCAAGCAUUAGAGUCCAGACUACAGAGUGGCAUGUCCAUGCUUCAGGAGCUUCAGCGAGACGUGAGGGUGAAGGAGAGGGUUCUCCAUCAGUCAGUCCAGGUCCUUACGGAUAUGGUCUCAGGACGAGAGCCGGUUCUCACCCAGAGUGAACAGGAAGGCCUUGUUGCUCUGUGGGAUGGAGAUGAUGAGCCGAAGGACGAGCUCUUGGAUGACAAGAUGCAAGGCAUGCCGGCAGUGACUACAAAGCCUCAAGUUGACAAGAUGUGGCAUCGCGUCAUUGAGGACCGAUUGGUUGUGGGCGUGUUAUUAACUACAGACGGCUCUAUACCAGUGGAAGCUGUUGGUUUAUGCGUGCUGACAGAGACGGGCCAGAGAUCACCGCCUGCAGUCAUCCAGACCCACAGCCAAGUGUUCUGGCUCGGCACACCAGGUCCCUCAUCUCCAUCCUCUCCCUCCACUCAGCCGGAGCCUGCAGCCAAAAGAAGCAAGCAGGACAAUGCAGACGGACCCAGUGAUGCCCACACAUGCAGACUGGCUGUGACUGCUGUGACCAAGCUGACACCUCUGCUGAACUCUGGCUGUGUCAAGUGCCCUGUCAUGCUCCAUUACGUCCAGAGACAGGAAUCUUCUGCCCCCGUGAACAACACAACGUCAUUUGUCUUCCACUGUGGUCAAGUAUCUGUAGACAUCCGGAGCAAAUUUCAACCUCAGCUGGUGAAAAACACAAAUCUCAAAACAGCUGAGGCCCAAGAGGACUUUCUGAGUCUGUUGUCAGUGCUGGAUCAGUGGGUCUUCCAUGUUGACUCUCCUGACCACAGCUUGGGGGAUGUGGACGGCUGGAUCCAGAGAACAGCAGGGUGUGAGAGGCUAGAGGUCAACCCUCAGUAUUUACUGUUCAACUCCGCGGGACCGUCUGCUCUCAUGCUGCUUCACUGGCAUCAGACAACCCCUUUCCAGGGGGAACUGUCUGUCCACUCCAGCCAGUUGCAGAUGGUUCAGCUGAUGGACUCCCUGCGGAAUUACCUGCCUGCGUCCUGCUCCAUCCGGCCCGUCAAAGAAACGGGGAUACCAGGCACAGCUCGGAUGUUUUCUCUGGCCUUGGAGAAAGAGGUGAUUUCCCUCAAAGAGGGUUUGUCCGACCUCCUCUGUGGAGAAAGGGAAGAUGGGGAGACGGGGAGGAACGCUGGAGUGAAAAACCCGGAGACGCCCAAGCCCGGAUCCGCCGAGGGGCUCCAGACGUAUAGAGAGGAGUGGCAUAGGGAUUUGGAAUGGUCCAGGAUGAGGCUGAGCCCCCUGGUGGAUUUGGCGAGGUAUCGCAGACUGACCCAGAGCCUGUCUGAAGUCCAGCUCGUGGGAGAUAUGGUUGCUGUCCUGCAGACACAGAGAGCAUGUAGCUCUGGGCCGCACUAGCAAAACCCUGUUGUCUCUAUUCUGCCGUCAAAGGAGGUCUUCGUGUCAUUGUAGAGCUAUGGUCUCAUGAGGCCACUAGGUUAUGGUGUUGAUUUUAUAUUUUGGUUGCUAAAGGACUGGUUCGUCCUUCAAAUUUUAACCAUGU